CCAGGGUGCCCUGUGGGACAAGGUGUGCUCAGCCUGCUCAGCCUGCUCAACCUGCUCUCCUGCCCACACUGUCCCUCUCUGGUGCGCUUUCUGGGGCCAGGCCGCCGCUGCCCGUCCCUGCUCUGCGCUCCAGCAGCUGGUGGAGCUGCCAGCCGCUCCUCGGUGCCUCAGCUGCCCCCCAGCCGCAGCCAUGGAGCUGCUGAGCUUCUGCAGCCACCCGCUCUGGUUCGUGCUGGCGUUGCUGCUGGCGAUGCUCCUCUGGGCCAGAAGGAGACGUGCCUGGGACCCACGCAAGUGUCCCACUGACCUGACCGGCAAGACGGUCAUCGUCACCGGAGCCAACAGCGGGAUUGGGAAGCACGUGGCCCUGGACCUGGCCCGCAGGAACGCCCGCACCAUCCUGGCGUGCCGGAGCCGGGAGCGGGGCCAGGCGGCGGUGGAGGAGAUCCGGGCGGCCACCGGCAACCCCAACGUGGUGCUGCGCCUGCUGGACACCAGCUCGCUGGCCUCGGUGCGUGCCUUUGCCAGGGAGGUGCUGCGGGAGGAGAAGCGUCUGGACGUGCUGGUGAACAACGCUGGCCUCACCGGGCUGCCCUUCGCCCUCACGCCCGAGGGGCUGGAGCGGACCUUCGCCACCAACUACCUGGGCCCGUUCCUGCUCACCAACCUGCUGCUGGACCUGAUGAAGGCGUCGGCGCCCGCCCGCAUCGUCACCGUCUCGUCCUUCCGGCACAGCGCGGGCACCGCUGACACCCGCUACCUCACCGGGCAGGCGCGGCCCGGAGGCUUCGACCCCAUCUACAACAGCACCAAGCUGAUGAACGUCCUCUUCAGCACUGAGCUGGCGCAGCGCCUGCAGGGCACGGGGGUGACCGCCAACAGCCUGAACCCCGGCGUGGUGAGCACCAGCAUCAUGCGCAACUUCAGCUGGGCGGUGCGCGGCCUCUUCCUCCUCAUCCACCCCUUCAUCAAGACGGCGGAGCAGGGGGCCGUCAGCACCAUUUACUGCGCCGUCUCGGAGGAGGUCUCGGGCAUCUCGGGGAAGUACUUUGACAGCGAUUGCAGCCUCACGCUGCCCUCAGCAGCCGCCCGUGAUGCUGGGCUGGCCCGCAAGCUCUGGGAGGAGUCGGAGCGGCUCACGGGGCUGAGCCCCCAGCGCUGAGCCCCAUAGGGUGGGGGGCCCGAGACCCCUCUGUGGUAGGACGUGGGGCGCAGCCGCGAUGAGGCAGAGACGGAGCGAGCGCCCGCGGUGUAAGUGCUUUAUUAAAGGCCUCGGUGUGGGUGCUACUCCCA